UUCGCUGUUCAUUCCUCCUCCCCCAGCGGCUAUGGCCCUUCCCGGCAUUCCCUAUGAGCAGCGACUUCUCAUCAUGGCGGACCCACGGGAGAAGGCUCUGCAGGACUACAGGAAGAAGCUGCUGGAGCAUAAGGAGAUAGACGGCCGGCUGAAGGAAUUGCGAGAGCAAUUGAAGGAACUCACGAAACAGUAUGAAAAAUCAGAAAAUGACCUCAAGGCCUUGCAAAGCGUGGGACAGAUUGUUGGAGAGGUACUUAAGCAGCUAACAGAAGAAAAAUUUAUUGUGAAAGCCACAAAUGGGCCAAGAUAUGUUGUUGGCUGUCGUCGACAGCUGGAUAAAAGUAAGCUGAAACCCGGAACGAGAGUUGCGCUUGAUAUGACUACCCUGACUAUAAUGCGUUAUUUGCCACGAGAAGUGGAUCCUCUGGUAUACAACAUGUCUCACGAAGACCCCGGAGAUGUGUCUUAUUCUGAAAUUGGAGGCCUUUCUGAACAAAUCAGAGAACUUAGAGAGGUAAUUGAGCUACCUCUCACAAACCCAGAGUUGUUUCAGCGCGUAGGAAUCAUACCCCCAAAGGGCUGUCUGCUAUAUGGGCCCCCAGGUACUGGAAAAACUCUCUUGGCGAGAGCUGUUGCCAGCCAGCUAGAUUGCAAUUUCUUAAAGGUUGUAUCUAGUUCUAUCGUAGACAAAUACAUUGGUGAAAGUGCCCGUCUCAUUAGAGAAAUGUUCAAUUAUGCCAGGGAUCACCAGCCAUGCAUCAUAUUUAUGGAUGAAAUUGAUGCCAUAGGUGGCAGACGGUUUUCUGAAGGAACCUCAGCUGACAGAGAAAUUCAGAGAACCCUCAUGGAGUUGUUGAAUCAGAUGGAUGGAUUUGAUACUUUGCAUAGAGUAAAAAUGAUUAUGGCCACAAACAGACCUGACACAUUGGAUCCAGCUUUGCUGCGUCCUGGAAGAUUGGACAGAAAAAUCCAUAUUGAGCUGCCCAACGAGCAAGCCAGGCUAGAUAUUUUGAAGAUACACGCCGGCCCAAUAACAAAACAUGGCGAAAUAGAUUAUGAAGCAAUUGUGAAGCUUUCAGAUGGGUUUAACGGAGCAGAUCUGAGGAAUGUCUGCACUGAAGCUGGCAUGUUUGCAAUCCGGGCCGACCAUGAUUUUGUGGUCCAAGAAGACUUCAUGAAAGCUGUCAGGAAGGUUGCAGAUUCAAAGAAGCUUGAGUCUAAGUUGGAUUACAAGCCUGUCUAGUAUAGGCAAAGACUGCAUGGUUGAUGUGGCUUAUGUUAGAGGCUCGUCUGUUCCUCUUGGGUAUGGUCUUUAUUAAAAGUACAUAUAACAACGUCGGAUUUAGUAAUUUGAUAAUUUCUGGAAUAAGUCUGCUACAGAAAAGAGGGGUUCUUGAUUCCAAAAAAUGACUGCGCUUGGUGCGUUUCCUGUUGGAAUUAAAUCUCUAAAUAUUUACUGUACGAACGAUUAAGAAAGGCUUGGAAAUAGUGAAACAACAUAGCAGAUUUUAAGAAAGUUACUGUUUCGUAAGAAGUGUUUUAUAUCAAUUGACUUUUGUCCUUUUCCUUUCCAAGGUUAAAUAAAACCAUGUUUAAGUC